UCACUGGACCUAGUUGGGCUUCCUGCAGCCCUGCCUUGCCAGGGCAGUGACGGGUCGGGGAAGUGGCUGAGCAGGGUUCAAGUGUGCGAGCUCCUGGGAGACUUGACACUGUGCUGCUUGUGUCUCAGGGAUAAAUGCGCAGGCCCGGAGGCUGCAGCGGAUCCGUGCGAAAGGAACCCCAGCCCUGACCCCCGUGGCUCCCCGGAGCUCCCCCCAGCCCCGACUGCGCCGCACAGUCAGUGAGACCAGCCUGAGCCCAGCCGCCACCCUGCCUGACGUGUCCCGGGGCACUGAGGAGCCCGACCAGGACGCCAUGCGCUGCUCCCUCUUCCAGAGCCCGCACCUGCUCCUCCUGCAGGGCUACAGCCAGCAGCACGACAGCCUGGUGUAUGUGCUGAGGCGCGAGCGGCACACGGUGGGCCAGCGGACGCCCUCCAGCAAGCCCAGCAUCAGCCUCUCAGCGCCCGACAUCCUGCCCCUGCACUGCACCAUCCGCCGGCACCUGCCCCCAGGCGGGGCAGCCCCCCAGCUGCUGCUGGAGCCCAUUCCUGGGGCGCCCGUCUCCGUCAACUUCUCCGAGGUGGGGCGGCGGACGGUGGUCCUGCAGCACGGAGACCUGCUUUCCCUGGGCCUCUACUACCUGCUGCUGUUUAAGGACCCCGCGCAGGCCCAGCCGCUGCCCACUCGGGCCCUGGCGCGCCUGCGGGCCGUGCCACAGAGCUGCCGGGUGUGCGGUGCCACGCUGCAGGCCCCGGGCACCACCUCCUCGCCGCCUGAUGCACUGCCACGCCGACAGCGGCUGCACCUGGAGUUUGAGCGCGAGGAGGAGGGCCCCCUGCUGCAAAGGAUCCUGACGCUCGUCGAGCCCGGGGGUGACGACCACAAGCUGACCCCCGCCUUCCUCCUCUGCCUCUGCAUCCAGCACUCAGCCACGCGCUUGGAACCUGGCACGUUCGGGCAGCUCCUGCUGAGAAUCGCCAGAGCAAUCCGUGCAACAGUCUGGGAGAAAACCAAAGAGCUGGCAGAGAAGCAGGCGCAGCUGUAAGUAUGGCCGGCUUCCUCCUGCCGUGUCACAGC